AUGAAUCCAGAACCCUUUCGGUCCAAGCGCCUUCUCUAUCGUGCUGUAGAGGACAGCCCAGCGGACGAAGCUUUCUUCCACGAGCUCUAUAACGACCCGCAAGUUUCUUCCAUGACGGAAACCUCUCUGCAACGGCCUCUGAGCACCGCGGAAACGAAGCAGAUACUCAAGGACAUUAAACCCCAAGCGCUUUUGUCUCUUUUUAUCUGUAAAAUCCCCGAAUCUCAGUCUAACGAUACUUCCGGGCACGAGCAAUCUCAGAAAGAACCUAAGCCCAUCGGGGUGAUAGUGGUCAGAGCUCCAAAGCCUUCCUUCAUCCAAAAUCGAUCAACCAAUUUUGGAAUCUCCAUUGUACCAGAGCACCAGGGAAACGGAUAUGGGCCUGAGGCUGUCUCAUGGCUGCUGGAUUGGUGUUUCUUGACUGCCGGGCUACACCGUGUUGAACUGGGUGUGUUCGAAUGGAACGAGCGGGCGCGGAAGAUAUACGAGAAGCUGGGUUUUGUGAUUGAAGGAAGACAAAGAGAAUCCUUGUGGAAAGAUGGGCGUUGGUGGGAUAGGACUACCAUGGGGAUUUUGGAGCAUGAGUGGGCGGAAGCGAAAACCCGGGGGCUGUGA